GGUUUAAGAUGCACGCAUGGGGAACAGGGACGGACCCAGAGACAAUCGAUAAAUCAGGGCUCAGGGCUCAGGGCUCGGGAGACGGCUGAGAAGAGACUCGAGUGAGCACGAGGGCGGUGAAGAAGAAGUGGCUGGCGUGGUGGAAGAGCGGCAGGAGGAGGAAAUGUGACUUAUCCAAGUUAUCCGUUCGCUGCUCCUCGUUUGGAGGCCAAAAAGGGUUUGGAACACCUUGAGGGAGGACGAAUGGGGUUGGCUUAUAUUAAUCCACUGGAACUCUUUGUUUUCGAGUACAGAGUGAAGAUAUAGAAACUUUCUGCUUGUGAUUUAAUUUCGGUAAUGGAUGAAGGUGGGCAAAGAGAGAAUGGAAGGUACAAGUCUGACCACUAUAAACCUUCUCAUGCUCAGUGGAUGGUGCCUCAACAUCACCAGAAGGAGAAUCAAACCAUAAAACUUAUCAUGGCUGAACGAGACAAAGCUCUACGGGAACGCGAUCUUGCCAUUUCUGAGAAGAAAACUGCUUUGGCUGAGCGAGACAUGGCAUACCUCCAGCGUGAUGCCGCAAUUGCUGAGCGGGACAGUGCCAUUGCAGAACGUGACAACACAAUUGCUGCCCUUGAAUAUGCAAGAAGCAACGGUAUGGGCGGUAAUUGCGGACUUGGCUGUGGUAAUAAACAUAUGUACCCGCAGCAACGCCACCAUGUUCAACAUGUCCAACCCCUUUCGCAGCACAUGCCGGAUCCUCCCUACAACCUUAAGGAUGAGGCUCCGAGAGAGGUAUUGCCCAUGUCGACCGCUUUGAACACAGAUGUCAAAGCCUGGAAUGUCAACAAGCCGAGGCAAGGAAUUAAAGUUGGACCUUCCCCAUUGAAGAAGUUGAAGACACCCAGGAAGAGCAAAACCAGUGGAGCUAAUAGGCAGGUCACUAUCGCAAAGACAUCUGAUGAUUGGAAGGUGGAUAUUGGAGGGGGUAAUAUGGCUAAGCAGGUUUUAUUGCAUAAGCAUGACGAAUGGGAGAGUCGAGACCUUGGUCUGAAUCAGGUCACAUUUGACGAAUCAAUGAUGCCAGCACCUGUCUGUUCAUGCACUGGAAAAUACCGACAAUGUUACAAAUGGGGUAAUGGUGGAUGGCAGUCUUCCUGUUGCACGACUACUCUUUCCAUGUACCCACUUCCGGUGAUGCCGAACAAACGCCAUGCCCGUGUCGGAGGGCGAAAGAUGAGCGGUAAUGUGUUCAGGAGGCUUCUCAGCAGGCUUGCAGCAGAAGGCCAUGAUCUAUCUCUGCCAGUGGACCUCCGGGAACACUGGGCUAAGCACGGGACUAAUCGAUACAUCACCAUCAGGUGAAACAAAUCCAUGCAAAAUUGUCAUUGAUGAGUAGGAAAGGAGUCUAUAGUGUAUGUCUGUCUCUAUUCCCUCGAUAGGGAAACUAGAACUUAAGGAUUUUGCGUCUAGUCCUAUAACUAUGUAGUCUUUUUGGAUGACCAAGAGCUUAGUUGUAUGUUUAAACUCUGGGUAGUAGUGAUUCUAUAUCUUGAACAUGAAGGAAUUCAUCUUGUUUAUAUAAUGUUUACGAUGCAUGUUUCAAA